UGGAAGUUGCACACCAGGCCCAAGAUGGCAGCCGAGUUGAUACCGUCGGAGCCUUUGGCUGCAAACGAACUCACCGACGACUUCAAGAAACCGUCCCUGCCCUUGGCUCCUGUCCUGGGACCCCCGAGGCCCAGAGCCCCUGUUGUAGACCCUCUAAAGUCUGAGGAGGUGACGAAAGAGACGCCCACGGCGUCGUUGGAGCCUGACGAUGAUGAACCUCUUGAUGCCCCACCAGCUAGGCCGCAUCGCUUGCAGACCGAGAGUUCCCCGGGGGAGCCACCGCGGACCCCCAAAGGCGCCCCUCCACCCGGAGGCCCGGCCCGGGCACCCCCUUACCGAGAGCCACCGUGGGCCGGCCCUGCCACGGCGCCCUACAGCUUGGAAACCCUCAAGGGUGGCACCAUUCUGGGCACCCGGAGUCUGCAGGGGAUGAGCUACUGCCUCUUCGGGAGGCUGCCCAGCUGCCACGUGUGCCUGGAGCAUCCUUCGGUGUCGAGGCACCACGCCGUGCUGCAACACGGGGUGCUCAGCUCGGACGCAGACAGCGAAGGACCCCUGCCCGGCUUCUACCUCUACGAUCUGGGGAGCACUCACGGCACUUUCCUCAAUAAGACCCGCAUCCCACCCCGCACCUAUUGUCGGGUGCAUGUGGGGCACGUGCUUCGCUUUGGAGGGAGCACCAGGCUCUUUCUCCUUCAAGGACCUGAGGAAGACCAAGAGGCAGAAUCCGAGUUGACCGUAACUCAAUUGAAGGAAAAGCGCAAACAGCAGCAGAUGAUGUUGGAGAAGAUGAUGUUAGGAGACGAUUCGGAUGAAGAGGAGGAAAUGGAAACCACGGAGAGGAAGAAAACUACUAGUAACAUCGAGGACGAAGUGGGCUGUACCUGGGGGAUGGGAGAAGAUGCUGUAGAGGACGAAGCUGAAGAGAACCCGAUUGUCUUAGAAUUUCAGCAGGAAAGGGAGGCCUUUUAUAUAAAGGAUCCAAAAAAGGCUCUCCAGGGAUUUUUUGACCGAGAAGGAGAAGAAUUAGAAUAUGAGUUUGAUGAGCAGGGACAUAGCACUUGGCUCUGCAGAGUGAGAUUACCUGUGGAUGAUUCAACUGGGAAGCAGCUGGUGGCUGAAGCCAUUCACUCGGGAAAGAAGAAAGAAGCCAUGAUACAGUGCUCCCUGGAAGCCUGUAGGAUCCUCGAUACUCUGGGGUUGCUGCGGCAAGAAGCAGUUUCUCGGAAAAGGAAGAGCAAGAACUGGGAAGAUGAAGAUUUUUAUGACAGUGAUGACGAUACAUUUCUUGAUCGGACCGGCUUGGUUGAGAAGAAGCGUCUGAACCGAAUGAAGAAGGCUGGGAAGAUGGAGGAGAAGCCGGAGACCUUUGAAUCAUUGGUUGCAAAGUUAAAUGAUGCAGAAAGGGAGCUCUCUGAAAUUUCUGAGAAAUUGAAAGCCUCCAACAGAGCACUCUCGGGGUCCCCAUCCCAGGACUCCUUAGAUGCCUUCAUGUCAGAGAUGAAGUCCGGGAGUGCGUUGGAUGGCGUGUCCCGGAAGAAGCUGCACCUGAGGACUUUUGAGCUCAGGAAAGAACAGCAGAGACUCAAAGGAUUGAUAAAGAUCGUAAAGCCAGCAGAGAUUCCAGAACUCAAAAAGACUGACAGUCAGACUACAGAUGCAGGAAACAAGGCUAAAAAACUUACAUUGCCACUGUUUGGUGCCAUGAAAGGAGGAAGCAAAUUUAAGUUAAAAACGGGCACAGUGGGGAAGUUACCCCCCAAGCGCCCAGAACUCCCUCCAGCCCUACUGACAACCAAAGACGAGCCUGAAGUAGAGGAGGAGGAAGAGGAGGAAGAGGAAGAAGAGGAAGGAAACAAAGAGAAGGGAGAGGCUGAAAGGAGUAAAAUGGAAGCUGGAAGCAGCAGACUGCAGCCGGAAAUGGACCCAGAAGAAACAGUGCAGGAAACAGCUCCCCUGGACCUUAGGAGUCCUCAAGAAACAAAGGACCAUGAAAGCUCAUCCCAACCCUGCCACGCAGAACAGGCCGAAGAUGAUCAGGAGGUUAGCCAAAGGGCCACAACCUGCGAGGAUCCCUCAGCAUCAAAGAGUGAAAAUGAGGAAAGCAAAGAUGAAUUAAAGAAAAAGAAACCGCCUGGUCCAGGGAAAAUUCCACCAGUCCUUUCCUCCAAAUACCCAGAAGAUGACCCAGACUAUUGCGUGUGGGUCCCACCUGAAGGCCAGAGUGGCGAUGGCAGAACCCACCUUAAUGACAAGUAUGGCUACUGAAAGCACACAAUGCUGGCAGGCGGGCGCCGGUGUGGACUGUGUGAUGUGAAUUCCUGGGACACCAUUUGGAAUGUUCAGAGAUCAGAUCCAGUUUUUGGCCUGUUCCUCAGGCUCUUGGCCUCUCCUGUUUAUUGACCCUCUAACUCCCGAUUUGUGUGCUUCUGUAUAAAGUGUCUGUAUGUGUGUCUGUAAAAUCGACCCAUGUAUUUGGUGGAUGAGUAAAGAGAGGGGCGUGACCUCAAUCUAUA